AUAAUAAUGAGCAACGUACCCAAUUCACAUCAUCCACCUUAAGCUCCAUAAUAAGGUGCACCAUACUAACCAGCUUAAUUCUAACCUGGAUUUGCUCCUUAAUAUGCUCCAGCUCCUAUGACUUAUGGUCCACCUCUCACUUCAUCACCAUUGAGAUAUUCUCAACCUCUUUAUUAACCAUCUGUUGUAGCAUAGCCAGUAUAUGCCCCAUAAGUUGUCUAACAACCUGUCUAUGCUCCUCCUGUUGUUUAACAACCAGUCUAUACUCAACCAGUUGUUUAACAACCAGUCGUAACAUAAUCUGUUGUUGCUCAACCAGUUGUUGCAUAACCAGUUGUUGCAGCAUAACCAAUUAAAGGAGAAAGUAGAAUUGAAUAUGUCCCAUACGAAAAGACUGUUUUAGAAUAUGAAGAAGUAAGAUAAAAAAUUCAAGUUCCAAAAGAAAGAUAUGUGACUGAUUAUUAUGCAGUGGAAUACUAAACAGAAUAUGUUCCAUAAGUAUUCUAAGAAAAAUAUACAGGUAUUAAUAUAUAUAUCUAUAUUAGAAUACGUCCCAGUUGAUAGAUAUUAAGAAAGAGUUGAAUAUUAUCCAGUUGAAAGAUAAGUUGUUCAUUAAUAAGUCUAACAAGUCUAAUAAGUUGUAGCUUAACCAGUAGUUUAACAACCAGUCUAAGUUGUUUAACAACCAGUCUAAGUUGUUUAAUAACCAGUUUAAGUUGUUUAACAACCUGUCUAAGUUGUUUAAUAACCAGUCGUUUAAUAACCAUUGGUUCAAUCAAUCCCAGUCUAAACUGUUCGUCCACCUGUUUAUGCUCCAUAAUCAUUACCUUUAGCUUAAACUGUUUCACCAAGAUUACCUCCAUAAGCUUAAGUAAUAUAAUAUUUUUAUAAUUUUAGACAAAACCAUAAACCCAAUAACCAUAACAAAAACAACCAUAAUAAUAAUAACAAUAGAAACAAAAGAGCUUUUUGGAUAGACUAUUCGACAGAGAUUGAUAUAAAAUAUUUUAUUAAGAUACAUAUAUCAAAUCAAAU